GUUCAUUCGUGCGUGCUUGACUAUUCGCAUUUUUUUGUUAUUUUCAUCUUCGCUUUCGUUUCAUGCACAUUGUUAUGGUAUGGUAUAAUACAUAUGCUUUAUUGAUGUUGUGGCCGGUAUCUCAGAUCUUACUGGGACGAAGGAUACGAGUAAUAUACUUUGUUCUAACUCGAAGAAUAAAUGUAAUUGUUGAUGGUCUUGGUACUUCUUGAGCUUCGUCAUUAUUUAACGUGUUACUUAUUGUACUGAAUCCUUGUGCAUCAUGGCUCGAGGAAAGGAGAGAUAUGCCACUGCCAGUGCUCCUCGCUUUACUCCUUCCCUUCCUAGCCCUCUUGUGGUUGACGUCCCCAUGGCUCAAUGAGAGAAAUGCCAUUGCUGACUUUUCUCAUCGAGAUCAGAUGAUGGCUCACAUCAUUCCAGUAAUAGUGUUAUUCAUAAAUUUUGAUGCCCUCUAUGACAGCGAAUUUGCAAAGCUAGGAAAUGAAGGAGCGUUGAGGAAAGAUGCGAAAGAACUAGUUCCCAAGAGUGCCAUGGAGUCGUUUAUGAACGGGCCAGAACUUAAACAUCAUAUAUGCCUUCCUAACAUGGAUGAGGAUGCUGCAGGUUGCCGGCCACUCAUUGAAUGCACGACUGAAGCACUGGAUGAUGAAACACUCAAGCAGUUCAUCAUCUCAACUCAGCAGACCCAUCAGGAGCUGUGCAUUGAAUAUGCAGUUGAGAGGCAACUCCCUGAACCUUAUUUUUGAAUGGCAAUAGCUGAAUUUGACUCUAGAACACUUUCGGUGCACCUUG